CAACAAUGGCAACCCAAAUUCUUCUCUGUUUCUUCCUCUUCUUCUCGGUGACUCUCUCUUCAUCGGGUCACCCAAAAAACUUCAGUGUUGAGCUGAUCCACCGUGACUCUCCCCUUUCCCCAAUCUACAACCCACAAAUCACCGUCACUGAUCGCCUCAACGCUGCUUUCCUCCGCUCAGUCUCUCGUUCCCGCCGCUUCAACCACCAACUAUCCCAAACCGAUCUCCAAUCCGGUUUAAUCGGAGCAGACGGCGAGUUUUUCAUGAGUAUCACCAUCGGUACUCCACCAAUAAAGGUUUUUGCGAUCGCUGACACAGGAAGUGACCUAACUUGGGUCCAAUGUAAGCCUUGUCAACAAUGUUACAAAGAAAACGGUCCAAUCUUCGACAAGAAGAAAUCCUCUACUUAUAAGAGCGAGCCUUGUGACUCACGUAACUGCCAGGCCUUGUCCAGUACGGAACGGGGAUGCGAUGAAUCCAACAAUAUAUGCAAGUACCGUUACUCUUACGGUGAUCAGUCGUUCAGCAAAGGAGACGUUGCCACGGAAACUGUCUCUAUUGACUCUGCUUCAGGGUCCCCUGUUUCUUUUCCUGGUACUGUCUUCGGUUGUGGCUACAAUAACGGUGGUACCUUCGACGAGACUGGUUCUGGGAUUAUCGGUCUAGGUGGUGGUCAUUUAUCACUAAUCUCCCAGCUCGGUUCGUCGAUUUCGAAGAAAUUUUCUUAUUGCUUGUCUCACAAGUCAGCUACCACGAAUGGCACAAGCGUCAUAAACCUAGGCACUAACUCGAUUCCUUCAAGUCUAAGCAAAGACUCCGGCGUGGUAUCAACUCCGUUGGUCGAUAAAGAGCCUCUUACUUACUACUACUUGACGCUUGAAGCCAUCUCCGUCGGGAAGAAAAAGAUUCCUUACACCGGAAGCUCGUAUAACCCAAACGACGACGGAAUACUCUCGGAGACAUCUGGAAACAUCAUCAUCGACUCUGGAACGACACUGACCCUCCUCGAAGCUGGUUUCUUUGACAAAUUUAGCUCGGCGGUGGAGGAAUCAGUGACCGGAGCCAAGCGCGUGAGUGAUCCACAAGGGCUUUUGUCUCACUGUUUCAAAUCCGGAAGUGCAGAGAUCGGUUUGCCGGAGAUAACGGUGCAUUUCACGGGUGCAGAUGUGAGGCUGAGUCCGAUCAACGCAUUCGUGAAACUGAGUGAAGACAUGGUUUGCUUGAGUAUGGUUCCGACCACCGAGGUUGCCAUCUAUGGGAACUUUGCUCAGAUGGAUUUCCUAGUUGGGUAUGACUUGGAGACGAGGACGGUGUCGUUUCAACACAUGGAUUGCUCUGCGAAUUUGUGAUUUGACGGCGUCGUAUCGAGCUUAUUUUAUAUUGUCCAUGAUAAUCAUUUGUUUGUUAUGGAGAUGUAAAAUCAGAAUCAAAGCUUAAAAAUUA